AUAUUUACCAAGAUCAUAAGAUUUUUUAUUUUUUUUUGAGACCCUUCUGGUGAGGGGUAUGGCUCACUAGCCAAUAAAGGCAACCUCCUACCUUAAACGCCACUCGAUUGCACUAUUUAGUCUAAUAAUUUGCCUUCAAUGAUCUCGAGAUCACUAGGAUCCCUUUUUUAGAUUUUCCUAUUUUGUUUCACACUCACACGUUAAUUUUAGUUGACCUUUGGGUGGCUUAGACUUUGAUCCUCUUCAGCUUCACCUUUGGAGUUACUUAAGGUUGAGGUGAGGUCUUUGCAGUUUCCAGGGCCUUUGGACAUUUGAUCCAUCACCAUCUUCUUCUUAGCAGUGAGCAGUGAGGUGAGGUCACUGCAAUGGCUUCUGCUUGUGUGACGUUGAAAGCCAAUACCCAUUUCACAAACUUGGAAAAAGGCUACCCUUUCUGUAAAGAUAAUGGCUUUCUGGGGGAAAGAAUCACGGGUAGCUUGAACAACAGUGCUUUUGUUAUGAAUCAGUUGGCUAAACGUUCUAGAACACAAAAAAGAAUGGUCAAACAUGGUGUUGUAUCUGCCGUUCUCACUUCAAAUAAUGCCAAGGAAUCCCUGACCCUGCAAGUGCCUUCAUUUUUGAGACGAAGGGCUGACCCAAAAAAUGUUGUUUCCAUCAUAUUGGGAGGAGGACCUGGGACACAACUGUUUCCUCUCACCAAACGUGCUGCCACACCUGCGGUUCCUGUUGGUGGAUGCUACAGGCUUAUAGACAUCCCUAUGAGCAACUGCAUCAACAGUGGCAUUAACAAAAUAUUUGUGCUAACCCAGUUCAACUCAGCAUCCCUCAACCGUCACAUCGCCCGCACUUAUUUUGGAAAUGGCAUCAACUUUGGGGAUGGCUUUGUGGAGGUUCUGGCUGCUACUCAAACACCAGGAGAGGCUGGAAAGAAGUGGUUCCAAGGAACAGCAGAUGCUGUGAGGCAAUUUACAUGGGUAUUUGAGGAUGCCAAAAAUACAAACGUUGAGAAUGUCUUAAUCUUGGCCGGGGAUCAUCUGUACAGAAUGGAUUACAUGGACCUUGUGCAGAGUCAUGUUGAUAGGAAUGCUGAUAUUACAGUUUCAUGUGCUGCUGUUGGUGACAGCCGCGCAUCAGAUUAUGGAUUGGUUAAAGUAGAUGACAGAGGCCGCAUCAUUCAAUUUUCAGAAAAACCGAAGGGUGAUGAUCUGAAAGCAAUGCAAGUGGAUACCUCUCUUCUUGGGUUGUCACCCCAAGAUGCAAUAAAGUCACCAUAUAUUGCAUCUAUGGGGGUUUAUGUAUUCAAGACAGAUGUUUUACUCAAUCUUCUAAAGUGGAGAUACCCUACAUCCAAUGACUUCGGGUCUGAAAUCAUCCCUGCAGCUGUGAGGGAACACGAUGUCCAAGCAUAUUUUUUCGGAGACUAUUGGGAAGAUAUUGGAACAAUAAAAUCCUUUUACGAUGCUAACUUGGCUCUUACUGAAGAGAGUCACAAGUUUGAAUUCUAUGAUCCCAAGACACCCAUUUUCACAUCUCCAGGAUUCCUACCACCAACAAAGAUUGACAAAUGUCGGAUUGUGGAUGCCAUUAUCUCCCAUGGAUGUUUCCUGCGAGAAUGUACAGUCCAACGCUCCAUUGUGGGUGAACGUUCACGUUUAGAUUAUGGUGUUGAGCUCCAGGACACCGUAAUGAUGGGAGCAAACUACUACCAAACAGAAUCUGAAAUUGCUUCUCUGCUUGCAGAGGGGAAGGUCCCAAUUGGCAUUGGAAGGAAUACCAAAAUUAGGAAUUGUAUUAUUGACAAGAAUGCAAAGAUCGGGAAAGAUGUCAUCAUCGCUAACAAAGAUGGCGUUCAAGAAGCAGAUAGACCAGAAGAUGGGUUUUACAUUCGAUCAGGAAUCACUAUCAUAAUGGAGAAGGCAACAAUAGAAGAUGGCAGUGUCAUAUAAAAUGGUUACGCUUAUUUCUUGGGCUGGUUUGGCCAAAGGCGCUGGAAGAAGCAUUCUGAGAAACACUCCUAUAUUUUGGGGACGAGGGUAGCUGUUGCAAUGUUAUGUUCAAUAGAGAAAGCAGCACCUAGUUUGCUGCUUUAAGUAAAAAUAGAAGCUUCCCCAAUACAUGUAAAAAUAGAACGAAUAAAACAUGAAAUUCAUGAUGCAAAAAUGUAAAUAAAUUGCAAGGUGACCAUGAGCUACGAAGUCCCUGAUAAAGGACACCUUCUAAAUUAUUCGUAUCACUAAAGUAUUAGUGUUUUGAC